UCGAUCGAAGCCCUUUCCAUCAUCGGAAAUCGAGGAAGACUCACACCGUUGAGGGCUCGGGAGGCCGCUUUGUUGUGUCCAAUUGUACCUGUUGUAGGCGGAGGAAAUGUCGGCGUCAGCUAGCGCGACGGAGAGGAGAGGGAUUCCGGCGGCUGUGUUUGUCGAAGACGUGCAGACAUAUCUCUCGCAACUAAAUCUCGAUGUCAACUCCGCGCUCGCUUUUUUGCAAGAGAGGCUUCAGCAAUACAGGGUGGUGGAGAUGAAGCUUCUUGCACAACAAAGGGAUCUUCAGGCGAAAAUUCCUGACAUAGAGAAAUGCUUAGAUGUUGUUGCAACCCUGCAAGCAAAGAAGGGCACUGGUGAGGCCAUUAUCGCGGACUUUGAACUGUCAGAGGGCAUUUAUUCGAGGGCUAGGGUUGAGGAGGCAGAUUCAGUGUGUUUAUGGCUUGGAGCAAAUGUCAUGCUUGAGUAUUCAUGUGAAGAGGCAACUACGCUUCUUAAAAAGAACUUGGAGAAUGCUAAAGCAAGCUUAGAAGUUCUUGUUGCUGAUCUACAGUUCUUAAGGGAUCAAGUUACAAUUACUCAGGUCACGAUCGCUCGAGUGUAUAACUGGGAUGUACAUCAACGUAGACACAAGAAAACUCCUGCUGCUACCUCCUCAGAAUCGUGAGUGUUUUUUUUUGUGUGUGUUUUUUUGUUUUCUUCAUUUGCAUGUUUAGUUGGCACUAUUAUUAUUAUUAUUAUUAUUAUUAUUAUUAUUAUUAUUAUUAUUAUUAUUCAGUAUUUAGGUCGAAAUUUGGUUGUGAAAGAAACAUCUAUAAUAUAUAUUUAUUUUGUUUGGCACCUAAUUUUUCCCAAAUAUUUAUGGCCCUUCUGUGUUGUAACAUUAGAAAGUGCAUUUUUAGUCGAUAUUUAUGCAUCUAAUGUAUGAACUACCUAUCAGAUCUUUAUAUAUUUAUUUAUUUUACGGUA